UGUACACACAACACACUACACUUAUAACAACAGACUAUCAGUGUUAUUAUUGUACCUAUAUAGUUUGUUUUUCGUUCACAAUUUUUUUUUUUUAUUUUCUUAACUGUUUCGUAUGACUUGCAUUAUUUUCGAUUUCGACACACUCUACUACUGCGGUUGUCCAUAGUCGUCGACACAUUUUAUAAAUCAUAUUUUAUUGCCACCGCCAUUGUGUACUUGUGUGGUGCAUGAUGAGUGAAUUCAAACGUUUAUGUCUGCUGUUGCCUACUAUAAUUGCAAUUACAGCCACAUUAGUCCAAUGCGAUGGCGAUUUGCUCAGAGUGAAGCUCCACAAAAUUGACAGUGUACGUAAGCAGCUCAAAGAGGGGACUUUUAAUUUCUUAGGCCAGCUUCGACGUCGCUAUGAUCUGUUAAAUGCCGAACCAUUGUACAACUAUUUAGAUGCUCAAUAUUAUGGACCAAUUACCAUUGGAACUCCCCCUCAACCCUUCAAUGUGGUAUUUGACACGGGUUCGUCAAAUCUGUGGGUGCCAUCAAAACAAUGUAGUAUUUUGAACAUAGCAUGCAUGUUACAUAAUAAAUAUGAUAUGUCCAAAUCGACUACAUAUCAAAAGAAUGGAACAGAGUUUUCGAUUCAUUAUGGUUCAGGAAGUUUAUCUGGCUAUUUGUCUACUGAUGUAAUUUCUAUGGAUGGAACUCCAAUAUCUAAUCAAACUUUUGCUGAAGCAAUCAAGGAACCAGGAUUUGCUUUUGUUGCUGCCAAAUUUGAUGGAAUUCUUGGUUUAGGAUACGACACAAUUUCUGUUGAUGGAGUUGUUCCCCCGUUUUACAAUAUGGUUAAUCAGGGUAUUAUAAAAAGUGCCAUAUUCUCAUUUUAUUUGAACAGGGAUCCAUCUGGUACUCCAGGUGGUGAAAUAAUAUUUGGUGGAUCUGAUCCUGAAAAGUAUACUGGACCCUUUACUUAUGUUCCAGUUACCAGACAUGGUUAUUGGCAGUUUGGUCUAGAUGAAGUUAUUGUUGGUAAUACAUCAAUUGUGAGCGGAGCCCUUCAAGCAAUUGCUGAUACUGGCACUAGCUUGAUUGCUGGACCUGUUGAUAAUAUUAAACAAAUCAAUGAGCUUCUUGGUGGAACUGCCAUACCAGGAGGAGAAUAUGUUAUUUCAUGUGAUCAAAUUGAUAACUUACCUGUGAUAUCAUUUGUAAUUGGUAGAACAACAUUUAAGCUUGAGGGAAAAGACUACAUUUUGAAGGUGUCUCAAUUUGGAAAAACAAUUUGUCUAUCUGGUUUUAUGGGUAUUGACAUUCCUCCUCCAAAUGGCCCAUUAUGGAUAUUGGGAGAUGUCUUCAUCGGUCGCUAUUAUACUGAAUUUGAUCUAGAAAACAACAGAGUAGGUUUUGCAAAUUGUAAAUAAGAGGUUUGGGAUCAAUAUGUGCCAUAACCAAACUUGGUUUUGUACACAGAAAUGAAUGAACUGACACUAUGAACGAAACUAUGUUUUAUAUAAUUUUUUUAAUAUUGAUUUUUUUAAUAAUUAAAAAUAUUUAUCGAACAAAUAGAAC